CGACGUGUGGGGGGACUAGACAAACGGGAUCACGCGUAGAUAUAUUCGAUCCGAGGACCCGAGUGCAGCUGGGGAGAACAGGACGAGUAUGACAGAACGUUUUGCGAGAUGCGUGGGGGGUCGGAUGUGAUGGAGGUGGCAGGAAUACUUCAAUUUUUUGUUGGACCCCCUUCGUACAGCUGCCCGUCGUGAUGUCUGUCUUAAUUACUGGAACCCCAUCGGUCACAACGUGAUGACGGUCAUGCAGAUUUGUUCGGCGACCGGCUGUGAUGUGAUACGACUUCAGGAGACCCGACGCGAGGGGCAAGGUUCAAUUGCACACGACGGGUACGUGAUCAUCUGGAGUGGCGCCCGUGCUGGCACCAAGGACAAGAAGGGCGUACACCGUGUGGGCAUAGCGAUCAAGGAGGCCAUGUGGGAGAGUGUGGGCGAGGAAGGUAGGACGGUGGAGUGCAUUAGCCCGAGGCUGAUGAAGGUGCGUCUACAGAUUGGCCGCACCUGCGGAGUAACUUUCGUGGUGGGGUACGCCCCCACGGAAACUGUCCGCACCACCGCGGGCGGUGAUGUUAACGCCAAGGACUCCUUCUCGACUGCUCUCGACGCAGCGAUCCGGGAGGUUCACAGCCGUGACCAUCUCGUGGUGCUAAUGGACGCCAACGCACGAACUGGUAGGUGGCGAGACGGGUGCUGCGAUGCCAAGAUUAUGGGCGCGUACGGACGCGACAUUAUGAACAACAACGGGGAACGACUCCUUUGA